CGUGGAGGUCCUUGGAGUUUAACAGAAACCGAGUCUAGACUCUAGAGUUAGAGAGAGCCUUCUGGGUGUCCCAUAAAAGCAGGCCAGGCCCAGACCCCAGAACUUGCGAGAGAAGGUCACACCCACUGUUGGAAUGCGAUCAUAUUAGCGAUCCCUCUUUGAUUCUCAAACUCAAAACUCCAUUUGAUCGAUCAUCGCCGUCGUCGAUGAUGAAUAAGCGAUUGAAAACGAGCAGCGACAAGGCUGUCGUCAAUGUUUGGCAGCGACAGCUGGGCGAGAUCUCCGCCAGAAACUUUGCUCACCGUCUCGGUGGCUCUGAGGAUCUCGUGCUUCGACUUGAUGUCCACAGGAAGCUGGACAAGCAUAGAGGAUGUGUGAACACCGUAAGCUUCAAUGCAGAUGGCGAUAUUUUGCUUUCGGGUUCUGAUGACAGGCGGCUCAUACUAUGGAACUGGGAAACGGGGAAAGUUAAGUUGUCAUUCCAUUCCGGUCAUAAUAGCAAUGUUUUCCAAGCAAAGUUCAUGCCUUAUAGUGAUGAUCGAAGCAUUGUCACUUGUGCUGCUGAUGGGCAGGUGAGACAUACUCAGAUUUUAGAACGAGGACAAGUGGAAAGUUCAAAGUUGGCCAGACACCGUGGACGCGCUCAUAAGUUAGCUAUUGAGCCUGGGAGCCCUCAUAUUUUCUAUACCUGUGGUGAAGAUGGACUGGUGCAACAUUUUGAUCUCAGAACUGGGGCUCCCACAAAACUUUUGACAUGCCAAACACUUGAUGGUAGAAGGAGUUACUUGCCAGUUGUCAGUCUAAAUGCAAUUGCAAUUGACCCAAGAAAUCCAAAUCUCUUUGCAGUCGCAGGUUCUGAUGAGUAUACCCGGCUUUUUGAUAUCCGCAAGUAUAACUGGGAUGGAUCAUCUGAUAUUGGUCAACCCACGAACUACUUCUGCCCACCACAUUUGAUUGGUAAUGACCAAGUUGGAAUUACAGGCUUGGCCUUUUCAGAACAAAGUGAGCUUCUUGUAUCAUACAAUGACGAGUUCAUCUAUCUUUUUACACGAGAAAUGGGAUUAGGACCUAAUCCUCCCAUUUCCAUGAGUAGUGAUGCAAGUGAAAUGAGUGAUGAUCACGAGUCUGAAGAAUCUCCAUCAUCCAUGGAUACUGAUGAAAAAACUGUUCCUCAAGUUUACAAGGGUCACUUGAACUCUGAGACAGUGAAAGGUGUGAACUUCUUUGGGCCGAAAUGCGAGUAUGUUGUGAGUGGGUCUGACUGUGGGCGGAUAUUCAUAUGGAAGAAAAAGGGAGGUGAGUUGAUUCGUGUCAUGGAAGGAGAUAAGGAUGUAGUAAACUGUAUCAAGUCUCAUCCUCACACCAUGGUACUUGCAAGCAGUGGAAUUGAAAAUGAUAUUAAGAUGUGGACUCCAAAGGCUCUAGAGAGAGCUACUCUGCCUCAGAACAUUGAACAGGUCUCGAUACCUGGCCGAUUAAUAUGGUACGCUAUUGGUGAUGAGGAUGAGGAUGAUGAAUAUUCUUAUGACGACUAUAUGUUUGAUGACGAUGACAAUGACGAGAACGAUGAAGAUGAUGAGGACGAGGAUGACGAUGACAAUGAUAGUGAUGAUCAGGACGAGGAUGACAAUGAUAGUGAUGAUCAGGAUGAGGAUGAUGGUGGUGGUGAUGGUGACAAUGUUGAGAAUGAAAAUGGCAGAAACUGUGAAGAUGAUGAUGAUGCUAACAAUCAUGAUAGUUUUCUUGAUGGUUAUGAUCUACACUAAUGAUGAUUAUGGUUUAAAACUUUUCUGUCCAGCAGAAACCCAAGGCUAAGGGCUGGAUGUACCGCUUCUCGCCUCAGGAAUUGAUGCUGCAACUUUUUUCACUGCAACGGCGGAGGACAAGCCCAGAGCACAGUGGGGAAAACUCAUCGGCAGAUCUAGAGCUAAUACUGACAUUAGAU